UCAGCUUUGAACCAGACCUCGUCCCGCCUCCUGGCCGCCACCUACCGCGUACCUGGGCAGUUUCGCGACGAGGUAUUAAAGUUCUACAGUGAGUCGCUGGGUAUGGUCGCGCAGACAACGGCGACCUUUCCGAACGGCCAAACGAUCGACAAUCUGUAUUUCCGGAACUCGCCCCAUUCCGCGCAGCUCAACUUCCGGUUUUUGCCCCCCGGGAAGCAGGUCGUGGCCCAGACUAAGGAUCGUAGCCAGCAGCAAGUGAACUUCCAGCGGCCUCUGUACUGGAAGAUCGGGCUGGCGGUAGACGACGUCGAUGACUGUUUGAGGACCGGUUUGGGCAAGAAAAACGCGAAGGCGGAACAGUUUUUGAACGUCGGAUACUUGGAGCACAUCGCGGAUCCGGUCGGAUUUCCGAUUGAGCUGCUUCAGACGAGUUUCGAAGGGAACACCGCCACGAAAAAGAAACGGAUCGAGCGAGCGGAAGAGAAGCUGCAGUCGAGCGGACUUCGUGCGCGGAACCCGUUGACGCGCAUGCUAGACCCGGUGAUCGGGCAAGUCACCACCCGGACGAAAGAUGCGAAUUUGUGUGUGAAGUUUUACACCGAGGUGCUGGGCAUGACUUUAUUGGAGAAACAGGAAGUUUCGCCGUACAACUUCGACCUGUAUUUCUUCGCGUAUUUGACGGAUGAGAUGAAGCAAAAAGUGCCAGACUUUAGCAAGAUCGGUACUAUGGAGAGCAAAAUCCAAGCGCAAAGGGAGUGGCUGUACCAGUUACCCGUCACGACACUGGAAAUCCAGCACAUGCGGAAUAUGGACAAAACAGCACCCGUGCUCGCCGGGCCGGAUGACUUAUCCCCGGAGAAGCCCGCUUUUGAAUCCAUUUCCAUCGGCGUCUCCCCCGCGCAGUUCCGCAAGAUCUCGACUUCGCCCACUUUCGACCCGGUGUUGCGAUGCGUUCGGGAUCCGGACGGGUUGGUGGUCCAAUUGACGAUUUUGGAGUCCAAGAUGGGCAGUGGGCACGGGGUUGUUUCGCACGGAGUGCACGCGCACGCGGUGGCGAUGACUGGGGUGGUGGACGAGGAGGAAAGGAAGAAUAAGGCAAAAGCUUCUGGGACGUCGACCACCAAGUCGCCGCGACUGACUCGCACGAAUUCCGGCGGCGGAGGUUCAACAUCCGCUCUCGCCCGCUCGAACUCUGGUUCGCCGGCUAGUAUCAAGCCUUCGAAUACUACUGGUGGUUUUUCGCCGAAAGCUCGCCCCUCCGCCGCGGCCAUGAUGUCGACGAGUGCAACUACUGCAGGUAAUUCAUCAUCAAACCUUCUCCCCGGCCCGUCUUCGGAAAACAAGAAGCUUCUGGACAAGUCCAACGGGCGGCAGACGUGGUCGGAGGUGCAGCGGGUGGACAUCGAGCCACUGAAAUCUGUGCCGAAGGGGUCCCCGCGGCCGCAUUACACUCAGGCGAACAAGUUUGCGGAGAAGUUUGACAAGGAACAGUCGCAUCCGACGCUGAAGUUGAUCCAGUUCCCGUGUUUAAGUGACAACUACGGGUACUUGUUGUACGUUCCAGAGCAAUUAGAACCUACUUCUACUUCGGGCACCACCACCACCAACAACAGCAGCCCUCCAAGGAACAACAGUCGUCGCGUGAGCCAGACCAGCCAGGCCGCGCGCGUGAUCGCCAUCGACUUGCCGCAGGGGCACGGCCUGGAGUACUGCCAGCGUGCAAAGGAGGAAUUCGGCUCCGUCAUCACGGACGUGCUGAUCACCCACUGGCACUGGGAUCACCUGGGCGCGUGGAACGAGAUUGCGGCGGACAACUUCAAAGCGAAUAACAACCACCGGCCGCGCAUGUACGCGUCACGGAUCGAGCUGCCGAAUUUGAAAAAGUUCGCGGAGGAAUCGGACUUUUCCGAGCUCUGCAAGCACGGGGAGCACCUGAACCUCGGGCCGCUGGACUUCGAGAUUAUCCACGUUCCGGGGCAUACGUUAGGGCAGAUCGGGUUCUUUUUGAAAUCCUACGGGAUCGUGUUCACCGGGGACAUCGUCUUUCCCAUGGGCUGCGGCAGGCUCUUUGAGGGCGACGCAGCGGACUGCUACAGGUACUUUUUUUUACUACGGUUAUUAAUUUGCGUGUAUCGUUGUACACAGAUGUUCAUCUUCUUACUUCUUGUUGCUACAUUUAGGCAACAUCUCCCACAUCAUAAUUCUCACUUAGCUAGAGGUCAACAUUGUCUGUGCAAUUGCGGUUUAUUGUGGUGUUGUGUCGGCUUGCUACGCCAGCAGUUGGCGUUCCGGUUGCCAGCGGGGGAGCUUUCAAAAAAUUGAAAACGCGACAUAAAAUACUCAAAAAACAAUAUACCGCAGGGCCCUGAAGCAGCGGUUGAUGGACCAUAUUCCGAAAUCCACGCUGAUCUACUGCGCCCACGAGUACGCCACGGACGGGUGUCAGUUCGCCCUCGCGCUGGUGGAGAAGUCGGACCAGAGCCGGCAAGCGGUGAUCGACCGAUGCAAGAAAAUAGUUGACUUGCGCAAGGACAAAAUCCCCACAGUACCCUUUACCGCGGAGGAGGAGUUAUUGACGUCGCCCUUUCUAUGGUAGUGUCAGGAUUGAAAUCGUCAAAGUUGAUAUAAUUUGUAAUGCAUGAAAUCGAUACCAGUUGGAAGCCCAAUUUCCAAGCGGCGCAUGACAAAUUUUGGCACCGCUUAAAUCCAGUUUGUCAUGCUGUCUAGGUGGGAAAGAAGGCGUCUUUUGUGAUGCUACUUCAGCAGCUCUAUCGCAGACCCCAAACAGGCUGAAGAUCGGCCUCACUUGCCAUCCCUGCAAAAGAGGCACUUCAUGCCUUGCAAUUUAUGCAUGAGAAAUCAUUUCAACUUUGUUGAUUUCAAACCUGACACAUCCAUACUUUCUCCGCGUGCAGCAGUUUUCGAAGAAGUUAGGGGAGUCCAAGGAAGAGGACAUUUUCCGGCAAUUAAGGUCCGUCCGCAACGAUUUCAAGUGCAGUAAACCGUGGAGGAUGGCAGACUUUGAGAAAACGUUGCAAAGCGGGGAAAGGUGGAGUGACGGGGAGAGUAGUCCGAAAGGGCUGAAGCCUGCGGCUAAGCAUUGA